UUGUUUUGUGUUCCGCUGUGCACACUGAACAAGACCAGAGUUUGUCUAUUUAUUUGUCCUUCCACGAAUCUAGAGAAACACCAACGUCAACUCACUUGAACUCUCAGUUUCAACACACUUUCUUUUCUCAUGUUUCGAUCUACACUCUCCAACUCCAAGAUGCUAUAACUACUCUGAAAAUGGAAAACAAUCAAAGUGCUUCUGAUACACAAGACAAUUCUAUGACGAAAUCCAUUGAUCAAAGAGAACACUCUCCUAAAGGGUGUGGUGACUUAGUGACUCGACGUCUGAAGAAUCGAGAGAGACAACGUAGAUACAGGGCACGUAAGCGUCUAGAAUCUGGAACCACUGAUUCUUUUGAUGUAGAACAGACACCUGCAAUGCAAGUAGAGCUACAACCAAACAGGAAUCGCAACAAUUUUGUGACACGCAUUUAUUGUAAUCGAGAUUGGAAAAAGGAUGCACGGCGGGCUCAUCUUACAAAGCAUCGAGAGAUGAGCGGGUCUAUGGAUCAUUCCAUGACAUCAGCUAAUGUACCCGAGGAGACACGCUUAGGCGCCGGGAACAAGUCAGAAACAAUGCUAGAUAGGGAAAUUCAGUCCGGAUCUUCUAACAUUGUUUAUAAUCAGACACCUAGAACCGUGCUUUGUCGUAGAGAUUGGAAAGCAGAAGCUAGAAGAAAGAAAAACUAGCGAAUUUUUUCAUGUCUUUGAAGUUAUGAGCACUUUUAAGGAGUUUUUUUUACCACUAGAUUUUCUGUUGUAUAAUAAAUUUCAUAAAGUGUAAAGCAUGCUGGAACCUGUUACAUCAUUUGGCUGGCUUUGAAGUUAUGCGCAAUGACAGAGAAAAAAAGUGUGUUUCUGUCUCAUUUUUCACUUAACUAUUUGUUGAGUUAUCCUAAUGUGAUGGUUGUGCUGUGCCAAUUGGGAAAAGUCUCAAAGUUGACAGACAUUCUUUUAAAAGCUGAAAAUGUGAUAGUUGGGCUUAUAUCAUGCAA